UAGUUCUAAUCAGAGUAUGAUAUAAGUAAAUGUACAACUGAUUUGUUUGUUAGUAAGCUAUCUACGUGUGGCGAGCACUCGUUUUUAGUUUAUUUGAAAUAAUAAAUAGAAAAUGCCGAAGGUAGUGUUAACAUACUUCCCAGUGAAGGGUAUUGCUGAAAGUAUCCGCAUGCUGCUGGCGUACGGAGGUCAGGAGUUCGAAGACAUUCGCAUCCCACAAGACCAAUGGCCAGAAUACAAACCAAAAACUCCAUUCGGCCAGCUGCCAGUCCUGGAGAUCGACGGCAAGACGCUGACGCAGAGCAUCUCCAUCGCCCGCUACCUCGGCCACAAGUACAACCUGGCUGGUGCAAACAUUGACGAAAACUUCGAGAUCGACCAGAACAUCGAGUACUUCAACGAUCUUCGCUACAAAUUGGGAGCGGUUGCCUACGAGUCUGAUCCAGAAUUAAAAAAGAAGAAGCAUGAAGAAAACUGGAAGGAGGUCUACCCAACUAUGCUUAAGAGGAUCCACGACAUCCUCGUCAAGAAUAAUGGACAUGUCGCACUGGGCAAGCUGACCUGGGGAGAUUUCGUGAUCGCUGGUAUCUGGGAGGCUAUUAAGUGGAUGCUGCAGAAGCCAGACUUAGACACCCAGUACCCGGCUUUCAAACAGCUGACGGACAAAGUAAGGUCACUGCCCAAGGUCAAGGAGUGGGUUGCGAAGGCGCCAGUGACGGAGUUCUAAAAGUAUGGACAAUUGUACUGAUUCUGAUAUGACGUAUGGAACGUUUUUCUUGUAUUUAAUUAAAGUUAUUUAAUAAAUUAUGGUUAAAAUGUA